UUGCAGAUUGAACAACGUACAAUUGGAGGAACAACAAAACGGCGCUAUUGGUUCGCGGUUGCUGAAGAUUCACCUUAUUUAUAUUGGUAUAAAAAUAAAGGAGAUGUGAAAUGUUUGGGUCGACUUUGUCUAUCUGGUGCAGCAUUUACUUUCGAUCCUCGUGAGACUGGUCGUUUUGAAAUUCAUGUUGGUGACGAAGAACAUAUUUUGGAGACAAAUGAUAAUAAAUCACGUAUUCAAUGGCUUCAGCAGUUGCAAAAAAAUCGUCGUCAUCAUUUCGAUAAAAAUGAUAGUUGUGCGUUGAAUAUUGAGAUUGUUUCUUUGUCGUCACAUUCCUUGACUGAUGAAAAUAGUCAAGAAAAUGCACCGGGUUCGCCUAAUAUUGAGUCCGCAGAAGAUGUUGCGCAUAAUUCACCGGACAAUCAAUCGUUGGGCAAUGAGUCUGUCGAAACUCAGUCACAAUUUUAUUUGGACUGUGAAGGCGAACUCAAUGAUAAAAGUCUUGAAAUGCCUUUAUCUGAUGGUUCUGGUAUUGAUUUGUUGCGAAGUAUCGAAGCUUUCCUAGAGAAAAUUGUCGAUGAAACUCAUACCAAAGGUAAAAAUUUGGAAGAACCGGCCAAGAGAGUAUUUGGAAAAGCAAAAGCAUCAUUAGGGUCACUCACUCAUAGCUCUUCUGGAAAACAAUCGUGUGCUCAGUGUAAGGCUCUCAUCGAGAUAAUAAAUAAUUUGAAAGAGCGUUGUUAUGAAUUAACUGACGAAUUGAUUGCUAAUCGAGAGUUGGGAUCAGUUUUACGCCAAAAUGUUCUCAGAGCUAAUCGUCAAAUUGACACGCUAAAACGAUUAACAGAGUUGAAAGAUUCUUCUGAUCGAAUUGAUUUUAUCCUCGAACGAGAAUGUCUUCUAACAGCCGCACAAAUGAAUUCUGUUAUGUAUAGUAGACAAGUAGAGACAUUGAAACAACAAAAUAGGAAAUUAGACGAACAAAACGAAGCAUUGCGAAUAGAGAUUGAAGCAUUUCGUGAAUCAGUUAGAUCAAAAGAAGCGUUGAUCGUAAAAAUGUGUGAAGAAGGCACAAAACUUGUUCCGGAAGGAAUUCUCAUUGAUUCUGCUGGGAUGAAGUGUGAUGAAAGCAUGAAGCGCAUAUUUGAUGAAGCUUCUGUAUGUGACAUUAAUGAAAUGCGUGAUCUAGUUGAAGGUUAUAGAAAGCAAAAUAUGUUUUUGAAUCAAGAAGUUUUGGAUUUACAAAAAGUGAUUAAAUUAUUGGAGGAACGUGAAAAACGUGCUGUGCGACGAAAUUUUGACAUCGAAGCUUGUUACUAUCAAAUGAAGAGCCGAUACAUAACUGUUUUGAAUCAUUUUAAAACUGAAAAUGCGAAUAAUCAUGUUCUUGAACCUGGAGUUAUUGAAGCACUAAUUGAUGAAACAGAUUUUGCGACAAAUAAUCGGGUGCCUGGUCGAAGCACCAAUGAAAUUCGGUUGACCGAUUCUCUUGGGUUUUAUUUAACUGAUGCAAAAAAACGGCCACUUUUACAAUCUGGUGAUGUUUUGGAUCUUGCUGCUGAAUUAAAAAGUAUGAGCGACCAAAUAAUCGGUCGUCGUGACAUGGAAAGAAGCCCGCAAUAUAUAGAUUGGUUAUUGAAAUGGGACAGCUUUUUGGUUAAUAAUGUUAGUCGACCACUAAAACCAAGUUCAGAAUUGAAAUCGUUGAUUAGGAAUGGUGUGCCGAAAACGUAUCGGAAGCGAGUUUGGAAAAGGCUAAUAUUUUUUGCACUCCUGGUCAUGCAUCUUGUUGGGGACCAGAAAUCUGAUUUGGGUAAUGGGUAUUUCGAAUUGUUGCUGCGUAAAGCACGGCGCAUGGAAGAACGGGAGGAAUAUGAUGGGGCUAUGAAACAGAUCGAACUUGAUUUGAGUCGAACCUUGCCAACGAACAAAUAUUUUGAUGAGCCUACUUCAGAAAAGAUUGGUGUUCUUCGAAAAGUUCUAUUUGCAUAUCGCUUUCACAAUAAAACUGUGGGGUAUUGUCAGGGAUUGAAUCGUUUAGCAGCUAUCGCUCUUUUAUUUUUGGAUGAUUGUGAUGCUUUUUGGUUUUUGGUAGCAUGUGUAGAAUAUUUACAGCCACCAGAUUACUACACUCCCUCAUUAUCUUGUGCUGUUGCUGAUCAAAAGGUGCUUCGAGAUUUGGUUGGCGAAAAACUGCCAAGGUUAUCAAGUCACCUAAAAAAACUUGAAGUCGAUUUAUCAGCGUUCACUUUGAGUUGGUUUCUUACAUGCUUUGUUGAUGUUUUGCCUCAAACAAUUUAUCUGCCAAUUUUCGAUGUAUUUUUAUAUGAAGGAAAUAAGGUACUUUUUCGUUUUGCACUAGCUAUAUUAAAACUGGCUGAAUCUGUCAUUCUUGAAUGUAAAACAAUCGGUGCUGUGCAUGCCUCAUUGAGUAAUAUUGCUCAGUACGUCGAUGAUUUUAGAUCACUGGCAGAGGUCGCUUUUAACGGUUUAAGCUCAUUUCCAAUGAAAGGAAUCGAAGCGAAAAGGCAAUUUUAUAUCAGUCAGGUUAAAUUUUAG